AUGUUUUGCAGAAUGGAAGCUCUAUUUUGUGCUCAAAAUCUAAAAAUAUUAUAAGAUUAAAACGUAAAAAUAUACCCAAAGGAAAUAUACACAUAUAAUUUUAAUUAAGAAGAAUAUAACAUUUAUUCUAUAAGUUUAAUUGAAUACCAUAAAAAUGAUUAGGAAAAAAAUAGAAAAAUAGAUGAAAAUAAUGAUUAAAUAGAAUUAAAUAUAUAAAGAUAUAAAUGGAUGUAUACCUAUUUAACAGGAGAUGUUUAUAAAUAUAAUGAUUAAUAAAUAUAUGUAUUCUCUGGUAUAUAAGGCAUCGAUAUUUAUAAAUAUGAAGAUAAUGAAUUAAAUUUUUAGUCUGUAAAACUAGAUAAAUAAAGCAAUAUUGGAAUAUGGAUUAGUGAUGAUAUAUAAUAAAUUAUUUGUACUUCUGAUUAAAUUGUAAAUUAAAAGUAUAAGGUUAUUGCAAGAAGUAAAUAUUGUGAUAAAAAAGAAAACCAAGAAGUCUCUAAUGAUUUAAAUAAAUUUUUAAAUAUGUGCGAGAUUAGUAUGAAUUUAUAAUUCUAAACAAAAGAAAGUUUUAUUGACUCUAAUAAUAUUAAUGUUAUUGUUACGGUUUUAAUUUUAUUUAAUAAGUUUAAGGAUAAGCGCCUGCGAUACAUUAAAAAAAUUAAAUAAUAGAAAAAUAUGUGGAAGUAAAAUUUGUAGAAAGCAUAAAUGAUUCCUCAUUAAAUGAAGUAUAACUACAUAGGUUACAUCCUUAUGUAAAAUAUGUAGCUUGUAAGCUUUUGCCUAAAGUUUUUUUUGAAUACAAUUUCCCAUCUUUAGAUUCAUACAAAUAUUUGCAAUUUAAUUAGAGCAAUGUUAGAAAUUGACCCCAAGAAUAGAUUGGAUUGGGGACAAAUAUAAUUUGUUAAAUCUUCAUAUUUAAUUAUGAUGUUUGGUAUAUAACAAUAAUUUAAGACAAAGCUUAUUACGGAUAAUAAUAAUCCACAUUGGAAAAUAUCUGAAGAAUUUGUAUAUAACUGCGAAGCUGAAGACUUGAAAAAUAGCCAUUUUAAAUUAAUAAUUUAUGAUGAUUAAAAUCAAAUAAUUUCUUAAGUAUAAGUACUUUUAUAUGAUAUUUGUACAGGACCUGUUCAUAAUGAUUUUUUUUUAGAAACUAAAGAAGAAAAUAAUUCCAUUAAGAUUGAAAAAAGUCUCAAACAUAUUGCUAGUGGAGAUUCCUUCUAAUUUAAAGACUAUAAAUUAAAUUUAAAUGAUAAAACCAAAAGUAUGAUUAGAAAAGAUAAAACCGCUGCUAGAAGUGAGACUGAAAUUCCAUAUAAUCAAAAUAAUUUACAUAAUCAUAUGCAUUCACAUACUACUUUUGAGUAACUUUAGGCUCAUAAAGAUAUGAAAUGGGAAUUUAUUGAUCUUCAAAAUAUAGAAACUCCAAGUGUUUCUUUUGAAAUUUAUGCAGAUGAAUUCGCUUCUUCGACUUUUUAGUUUAUUCUUUGGGCUCAUAAAAAUCCGGAAAUCGAAUAAGUUAUUCAAGAUGCGAAUGAUUUAUAAAAAAGAUAAUAAUAAAAAGAUUAAAUUAAUCAUAUUCCUAAUUGUAAGAAAUAAAAAAGCUAAUAAAAUGGGAAGGAAAUUUAUGUUGAAUAUUAAUUAAUUGGUCGUGAAUAUAUUUCAAUGAUAAGAUUUCUUUCUGAAGAUGUAGAAGUGAAAAUUGAACGAGAUUAAUUCAUUAUUAGUGAAGUUCAUAUGUAAGAAAUGAAACUAUGGUAUUAAGGUUAAUAAGUAGGUACUUGUAAUGGAGAAUUUAUAGUUACUAAUUAGCCUUUUUUGAAAUAAUUAGUAGCAGGUGUAAGAACUGAGGAAGGUAUUGUAAAAGCAAUAUCUUUAUAUAUAAAAAAAGAAAAUUUUACAUAAAAGACUUGUAUUCCUAGAGAAUUUAAAAAUAUUGUUAAUUAAAAAUUGGCUUUAGAAGGUUCUGUAUUUAAGCUUUAUGAUAUUUCAUUAACAUUUAGAGAUAGAUAAAAAAUAAAUGAUGAUAUAAGGCAAAUAUUAAGUAAAAUAAUAGAAUAUUUACACAUACAUUCAUAAACAUAUUAAAAAAAUCUAUAUAGUAACGAAGAUGAAUUAAUAAGAGCCUAGUUUAUAUUGAUUGAUUUGGCAAAACAUUUGUUAGAAUAUGCAGACUAAGUAGAUUAAUCAUUAAGAGAGUUAUAUUAUGAAUCUUUAAUAUUAAUAAAUAAUAGGGAAGAGCUUGAUUUAAGUCAUAUGGGAUUCUAAUAAAGUCAUAAAUAAGAAUUGGAGAAAUAUGGAAAAUAAAUUCAUAAUUUAAAAGAAAUUUUAUUAGAUUAAGAAAAACUACCACUUUUAAAAAAAAUAAGAAUUUGCUUAAAAUAUGAAAAUUAUUUGAUUGAAACUUUAGAUUUGGUUUUAUAAAAAUUAGAUUAGAAAGGUAUUACUGAAAAAGAAAGGCAAUUCGUGGAAAAUUUUUGUGCCUUGGCGUUUUUUAGAAUUAAGCCUUUCAAAGAAAAGUUCAUUGAAUGUCUUUAGGCUAGUUUACAAGAUUAAUAAAAUACCUUGAUUGAUUAAUGGAUGGUUAAUUUGAAUAACUUUAGUCAUUUGAAUACAAAAUGUCUUUAUAUUGGAAACUUUUUCUCUUGGGAAAAAAAUUAUAAUGAUUAUUUAAUGAAGUUUUAAAAAUAUAUUGAAUAUUAAUAGUAGUUAUAAUAAAUACUAACAAAAUAAAAUUGGUAAAAAAGAAUUUCUAAAGUAGGAGUGGCCUAUUUUAGUUUCCUUGGAGAAUGGUGUAGGUAUGUACACAAAUAAUUCGAUGAAAAAGAUCUUAUACCUUGGGAAAUAAUACCCGGAUGUGAAAUUCUUGUUAAAAGUUUCCUUAUUAGAAUGCAAUAGUUGGAAACUAAAUAAUUUUCGGAAACAUUAAAAGAUACUAUUUUGGCUUUAUUACAUAAUGAAAAUCACAUAAAUAUUUAUUUAAGAAUUCUUUAUAAUAAAACUAAUAUUUAUGAUGCUUAGAAUGUGUUUUUUACAUUUGAUAUUUUAAGUGCUUGUUUUUUGAAAUUAAAGGUUUUGGGUAAAAAUAUUCCUAUCAAUUUUGAUUAUGAAUUCUUUUUUAGAGGAAUCAAACUUAUUCUUGAAGGAGAAAACUUUAUUUCUUUAUCAAAAGUUAUUUGGAUGCUUUAUUAUUGCUAUAAUUUAUUCCCUAUUUAAUAAAAAAGAUAUUUAUGCAAAAUAAUAUUCACUAAUAUGUUUUUUAAAUUAUUCAUGCAUUGGUCAAGAAGUGUAAGAUAAGUUUUCCAUAAUUUUUUAUUAUACAAAAUAUAUCAUUUACAUAAAUAACAUAGAUAUGUUAAUAAACUUGAUUUAUUAAAAAAAUAACUUAUAAGUUUAAACUAAAAGAAAUAUUUAGAAAAUUAGGAAGAUAAAACAUCAUUUACAAACGAAUUAAUUUAUUAAGACUAUUAAAGAAUGAUUGCUAUAUUGGAAGAGGCUUAUAAAAGAUACAAGGAAGUGAAAAAAAAGAAUGAUUUUUUAAAGAAGAAUUUAAAGAAAUUAAAAUUUAAACUUUAUUAGAAACGAAUAUUAUAGAAAAAGAAAUAAAUAAAAUAAAUAAAUAAUUAAGAGGAAAGCUCAGAAAAUAAUAAUUUUUAUGAUGGAAGCAAUUAAUUAUUAGAAUCUUUAAAUUUAACUAUUAUUUCAAGGAAGCAAUCUGCUAAUUCGUUAUAAAUUUACACAAAGAAAGAUUCUUCAUUUACAGAAAAUUAUUAAAAGGAAUAAAAGAAUGAAAUUAUUCAAUAAAAUAUGGUGGAUCUAGAAUGUAAUAGUCUAUAAAUAAGUAGUAUUUCAAAUAUUGAUAGUAUUUUGAGUGAUAUUAAGAAUAAUUUAGAAUAAGAAUAAAAAGAAUAGUAGAAAAAAAUGAAGAAGAAAAAUAGAAUUUAAAGGAGAAAUUCUGCUAAUUUUAUUAGAAAUCCCCAUAUAAGCCAAAUAAAUGAGAAUAAUAAUAUAUAAAAAAUCGAUAAUUAGUUAAUAUAAGGAAUUAAAAUUUAUAGGUUUUAUAAUGAAUAAGAUCAAUAAAAAGAAAAAUUAAGAAUACCAAGAGAAUCUUUAAAAUAUCUAUUUGAAUCUUGGUAGGAUUUUAAUGAAUUAAGAAAAUAAUAUGUCAGAUGGCUUAAUGAUUGGUAAAUUAAUUUUAAUAAAAAUGAAGAUCUUACUGAAGAUGAUAUUAUAUAGAAAAUUUAUUCACUUAAUACUCCUAGUUUGCAUGUUACUGUCCCUCAUGAUGAAUCAGAUUUUAAAAAUGAAUUUAGCUUUGGUUGUGGGGAUGAUUGGUGA